AAAGUUUUGCUGUUUUCUUUGUGAAUGGGACAGUCGCGCAAGAUUACAUUACAAACAAAAAUCUUGGCCUCUGAGAAAAAGUUUAACUCCUGGGCUUAAAAAUGUAUCUCAGAAACCUUUAGUCCCAAGUGAGAAAAUUUUUCUGCCACCACUUCACAUAAAGUUGGGACUUAUGAAAAACUUUGUGAAAGCGAUGAAUAAAGAUGGUGCAGGUUUUCAAUAUUUAAAAACCAAAUUUCCUCGAAUCAGUGACGCAAAAUUGAAGGAAGGGAUUUUUGUAGGUCCGCAGAUACGUGAGCUAAUGAAAGAUGAAGCUUUUAAAUCGAAGUUGAGCAAAACAGAAAAAAGAGCUUGGGUGGCGUUUGUGAAAGUGUGUCAUAAUUUUCUUGGGAAUACCAAAGUUGACAACUACCGACAAAUCAUUCGGGAGCUUCUUUCUGCUUAUAAAUCUUUAGGAUGCAAUAUGUCACUCAAGAUUCAUUUUUUGGACUCACAUUUGGAUUUCUUUCCUGAAAAUCUUGGAGCCGUAUCAGAUGAGCAUGGUGAAAGGUUUCAUCAAGAUAUAAUGCAGAUUGAAAAACGCUACAAUGGGAAAUGGUCAGCAGCAAUGCUUGCUGAUUUCUGUUGGUCACUUCCCCGAGAAACUCCAAUGGAAACAAUGAAAAGGAAAAAAACUACAAAAUAACAUCAUCUUAUCAUCAUAAAAUCAUACUUUAAGAUUUUUCACUGUAAAACUUGGACCGUAAUAUUUUUUAAUUUUCUUAUAAUAAUAAUUGAUACCUUAAUAAUUCUGUUUUUUAAUUAAAUAAAUAAUUUAUGGAAAAUCUACGUGUGGUACUUAUUUGUAUGUCGAAUUCCGUGUUUAGAGCACAAAAUAUAAAGAAUUCAUGCAUGAAAACCAGAAGGAGAAAACAAAUUUUUUUUUUUGCAGACCAGUGUUAUUCGAGUAGAACGCGAUCUCUGAAGGUGCUAGGAAAAAGUCAUACACUG